GCGGUUUGUCAAUUGCUCGCACUCGGUCUAAGUAAACUUGCGAUUUGGUCGUGUUCAAGUGUAAUUGUUGUCGAGGUGAUCUUUCAUAUUGGAUGCUGAAGAUACAGAGAAAACAUCGAUCAUAGAUUUCCACCUGGCAGAGCGCCGGAUUUAGCUUAUCAUCGACUUGCAAUGAAUCGUGAUUAUAAUCAGGUUUCAGUUUUAUAUUCCACUGCUACGGAUAACAUUGAUAUUGGGGACGCGAUCGAGAGUGGAAGGCCACGCGCAGCCUCUGAGGAAAAAGGCUUGCAUAGAUGGAUAAGGACUUCACGCGACCUUUGGGGCUCUCACUCCUUUCAGAUCAUUGUUGUGGCCAUUUCACUUGUACUGCUUAUUUACACUAUUAUAGCCAUCAGUAUCAGUGGAUUUCACCAUGUAAGGGGGCUCUUCGCCAUCUCCACCGUAUUCUGGUUUUGCGUGAUCUACAUGUUCACUCGUGACUACUGUGGAGGGGAAAUUUACACUUUAUGCUGUUUACCUGUUCUUUCAUUGAUUCGAAAGAAGUGGAGGAUCCUUAGAUGGAUUCUGCUUCUCGUGAUGGUAACGUUAAUUGGUUUGUGGUUUGGUCUCGACACAGCUAAGGAGCCGAGAAGAUUCAUAUCCGUGUUAGGAAUGCUGGUCUAUGUCGGAAUAAGUUACGUGUGUUCAGUUAACCGGAGAAAAGUGAAAUGGCGACCGGUCCUAUGGGGGAUGGGAAUGCAGUUUGUGUUCGCUCUGAUUAUCCUCAGGACCCCUCAAGGAUUCACAGUUUUUAAAUUCAUCGGAGAUACUGUGGCAAGAUUUCUCGACUACACGGACGCUGGAUCUGCAUUUGUAUUCGGAGAGGCAUUUGUGACCCACUAUAUUGCAUUUAAGGUUCUAACGGUCAUCAUAUUCUUCAGUUCUUUCAUCUCAGUUCUUUACUACUUGGGUGUGAUGCCGCUGAUCAUCACUAAGAUUGCCUGGCUCAUGCAAGUCACCAUGGGAACAUCAGCCGCCGAGUCACUCUCGGCCGCUGGUAAUAUUUUCGUCGGACAGACAGAAGCACCAUUGAUGAUCAGACCAUUUCUUGCAACCUUAACUCAAUCCGAGCUCCAUGCGGUUAUGACAGGGGGCCUGGCUACAGUGGCAGGUGGAAUAAUGGCAGCGUAUAUUAGUGUUGGUGUCCAGGCUUCACAUUUGGUCGCGGCUUCGGUGAUGUCAGCGCCUGCUGCUCUGGCUGUUUCUAAAAUCAUGUACCCAGAGACAGAAGUACCCCAAACCACUUCACAGGCCGAUAUACAUUUCGACAACCCCGACGAAAGAAAUCUUAUAGAGGCUGCUGCUAAAGGAGCAUCAACUGCAAUUUCUUUAGUUGCCAACGUUGCCGCCAUGUUGAUCACGUUCUUUGCUUUCAUCGCGUUCUUCAACGCGGUGCUGUCUUAUAUGGGAAGUAUGAUGGGAUACUCCGAGCUUAGUUUUCAGAUAAUCUGUUCCUACCUUUUCAUGCCGUUUGCGUUUCUCAUGGGAGUGGACUGGGCCGACUGCAAUACUGUGGGGAGGUUCCUCGGGGUAAAAACAUUUCUCAACGAGUUCGUGGCUUACAUUGAGAUGGCUCCAUACAUACAGAACCGAAACGAAAUGAAUGGAGGGCCCACAAUAUCACGUCGAUCAGAAGUAAUCACAACUUAUGCUCUGUGUGGAUUUACAAAUUUUCUCGGCUUGGGUGUGUUACUUGGAGGGCUGGGUCCAAUGGCACGAAGCCGAGAGGGGGACAUGGCGAGAAUCGCUAUAAGAACCCUGUUUGCAGCUACAAUAGCCUGUUUUAUGACAGCCAGUAUUGCUGGAUUUUUAUAUGACGAGUCUUUUGAAGCUGCAGCAAUGAUUGGUCCUACUUCAUCUCUGAACACUACUACGUCACCAUAAGAAGUAGCCAAUCACCUUCAUACAGCUGCGAAUGAGAGCUGUCAAUAGGAGUCGUAGGUUGAAUCGUAAAUAGCGGACAUAUUUCAAGUUGCCUUUGACAGAGAGGCAAAGAGAGUCUAACAUUCACGAAGAAG